AUGUCCGCGACGCAGUAUCCGCCCAAAAUUCCGCUGUCGCCAUCCUCCCCUCCCGAGACAGGUGUCAAGCGGCGGCGAGCCUCUGAGACCUCGCCAAAGCUGCCUCCAUCCCCGAAAUAUAUGUCAGUCGCUACCAAAAGCUAUGUUUCCCAUGGUACCCACACAUCGCACAUGGAUGAGGCGGCGUCGCGUUCAUCGCCCCGGUCUCCCUCAUCAGCAUCGUCAUAUACUCGGCCCUCCACACAACGCAACAGCCAGCCUUAUUCAACCCCAAGCAGUAGUCAUUCCGAGCACCACACAUCUAACAUGAUGGAACGAGAUGAACAUCGUGACAAACGUCAGCGGAUAGGAGAGGCGAUGGAUUUGGAUGAGUCUAUGUUGCCCACUAACCAUGAGCGGCGGUCAAAGAAGGAGGAUGAGGGUACCAGCCCUAGAUUGGGUGACAUCGAAAUGCAAGAUAGCGCGGGCGACCCCGACCUGGACGAGCUCGACAAGGAUAUUGGCGAACCAUAUCUUUCUUGCCGGUCCAGGGUCGAGCCACAGAAACCUGACGUUCAGACGCACCUGCUAUCGAUCUAUGGGCUGGGAUCGCUACAACGAAGUGUGGCGCGCCAGGAUCCUUUCACACAGGAGAAAAUUAACAAGCUCCGCAAAUCUUACGAAGGCCAGAUUAAGGACUUUCAGCUCGCUGGAAGGAACAAGGCGGUGAAGCUCAAACAGGAGAAACCCAACGAGCCUUCCAUGCGUGCGUCUAUCGGUAGCUUCACUUCCGAAACCAGGGGAACUUACCUCCAGAACACCGAGGAGUGGGAGGCCGCGAACCCGAAACGUGAGAUCAAGGUCACAGAUGACUUCAGAUCCAAGCUACGCAAGGCUAUGCAGAUGCAGCCUGGUCGAGUGCGGAAUGAAGCCAAAUGGGAUGACGUGCUCGGCCACGAAAAGAAAACAGCUGCUCCAUUGGCGAUGGCAUCUGCUCAAGCAGCUGCACAACGACCGAAUGGCCUGAUGAGGCCCGCCCCACAAAGUGCUGCUGAAUUAAAACGCCAGACGAGAGGCAAAAAGCGAAGCUAUGGGGACGAUAGCUUCAUCGGGUAUGGGGAGGGCUAUUCUGAGCCGGAAGAUGCCUCGCCCGACGGGGAGUACGGCAGUGAUGAUGGCAACCGGAAGAAGCGACGCAAGGUAGGUUUCUAG